AUGCUUAAGUCCAAGAGCGAAAUUAUAUUUCUGGGUGAUUUCAACAUUGACAUGCUUCAAAGUAACUGCAACAUUAAUUUGGAUAGUCACACUAAUCCCUUAACAGACUUUUGCGACCAGUUUUGUCUCACCAAUACAAUAGAUGAACCGACAAGAGCGACAAAAACGAGUAAAUCACUGAUCGAUGUUAUCCUAGUCAACCGACCGGAGCAUUGGGCA